ACCGUUGCGAGGCAUCUUCUUUUUGUGCCGUCCGCCGGCGUUUGAAGCCGGGGCCGCAAAGCGUUUCGUUAUAUAGGCGAGGGCGAUGCGCGAGCGCGCAGUUACUGUGUCACUGGAGCCCGCGCGAGAGGUGGCCUGCAAGGACUGUGCCGCGCCGCCAACCUUUUUUUCUGUGCGUGCGAUGUUUUCACUUUCGUCAUUUUGACCGGGCCAGUUUGAUUUGACGUCGCUCGCGCACGGACGUGCCUAGGAUCGGCCGGUGUGAUAAUCCUGUGAUCGCUGGUGCUUCGUAUUCGGAUUGUUAUUGUUUUUUAUAUGUUUUUAUUUGUGAAACAAAUGGCUGUGAUGUGUUAAUAAUAUGUUCGACAGCAACGUCCUUUUGAGUCUGUACAAUGAGAUUGCAAAUAGAAGUGCACUACAGUUUGCAAGUGCUGGAAUGAUGGGCGAGGGCCUGCUGACUCUGACGUACGGCAAGCACCACGCCUGCAUCUUGAACGAGGUAGGCGCGGCGUGGCGCGGCGCCCGCUACUCCGACCUCGUGCUGGUGUGCGACGACGCUGUGCCCCUCGCUGCGCACCGUAUUGUCAUGGCCGCAGCCAGCCCCUUAAUAAGAAAAAUACUUGACGACACACCAUCAGUCGAGAACCCGGUCACGAUUCACAUGUCUGGCAUCAACAGCACGCUCAUGAGGCACCUCCUCAUGUUCCUCUACAGCGGACAGGCGUACAUUGAGUCUGGAGAAAUCGAUGAUAUGCAAGAGCUGUUUGAAUUAUUAGAAAUAAAAUCAGACGUUUGGAAAUCAACAAAGGAACGGCAACAACAGGAAGAAAGGAACAGAUCAUGCGAAAGAUUAAAAGCCAAAAGUCUUAAAACAGAUAUAAACAGUAACGAGAGCAGUAAACACGAUGCACCCUCAGGAUCUUCACAUUCAGAAAGCGACAGAGUGACUCCGAGCGCGGGAUACAGUAAAGAGAAAGAAAGAGAAAGAGGCGAUUCAGAAUCAAUGAGUAUAAAGAAAGAGACGAUGUCUACAAGCAGUAACGAUGAAAGAGAUGAAGAUGAUCCAGACGGAGAGAACAGGGGGAAGGAAUGUAGCCGAUUGUCAAGACGGCGGAGAAGCUCCUCAAAUCCCGUAAACCUAUCACUGGCAAGAAAUUCUGAGAAUACCGGCAGCGAACACGAUGACUCCCAGGACUUAGAUGUUGAAACAGUCGCGGCUAAGAACAUCGAUAGGAGAAGGUCGACAUCGUCCAGUCAAGAGGAUCCACCGCAGGAAACAGUAUACAGACGACAACUAUUAAAUGAUCGAUUAGGAAAAGGCAUCGAAAGGACCAAACGAAAAUCACAUUAUCUUGAACCUCCCGAAUUGGAUUUGCGAACUGUAAAACUGGAAGACCAACUUAAGCCACCCGACCAAGACCUUAUGACAUUCGUACAAACGUCGCCGGAAAAUUAUGUUGUUACCCCACAUCGAAAAAGAAGGCCUGGUUUUCACAAUUCACCAUCACAGAAUCCACCAUUCGUUUCGUUUCCCCCGAGCUACUUAGAAGAAAUGGCACAUUUGAGAUACGCACAAGGGCCAGGUGUAGCGGCCGGAGUGGCCGGCGCGCGGCUAGGCACUUUCCAUCCGCUAAGUGCAUCGGCACCUCCGUAUUUACCAGAGAGGAGCGCUACUCCACCGGUCGCGGCGCACGAAGACGCCCUGAAGUACCGCCCUCCCAGCGCUGGCUCGUGGGGCCCCUGGCUCUGCCAGCCGCAGAUGGGCGGGGACGAUAACAUUUCUACUGAACAUGAACAAGGAUCAAGCAAACAGGCACCGGUUCGGGAAUAUCGUUGUGAGUACUGCGGUAAACAAUUCGGAAUGUCUUGGAAUCUCAAAACGCAUCUGCGAGUCCAUACUGGCGAGAAGCCAUUCGCUUGUCGGCUUUGCGUUGCUAUGUUUAAACAGAAGGCUCAUUUGCUGAAGCAUUUGUGCUCGGUGCAUCGUAACGUAAUAUCUUCGAGUGAGAACGACGGACGAACAAACACGCCGGGCCGCUUCAACUGCUGUUUCUGCCAGCUAACGUUUGAAGCGCUGCCGGAACUCAUCAGACACCUCUCGGGUCCUCACAAUAGUUUGCUGCUCAGCAAGAACUUGCACGAAUGACGCGCGCCUCCGUGACGCUGCAAGGCGCGCGCAAUCGGACAAUGAUAUUUCUCUCGCUGCGAGAGCUCAAUUGUGAUAUGUGUUUAAAAGGAUAUUACUUUAAGUGUUUAGUUGUAAGAUAAGUGAAAUCGCAGAGCGAUACUCAAACCGGGGCAUCCGCAGAAGGAGACUGCGGAUGUUGUUACGUUUAUAAAUAAUUUAAAUUGAUCAUGUUUGCCGCAUGGGUCCAAAUUGUUAUAAUUUGUUUAAAAAUUAUAAUCCGGGACCAAUACCUUCCGAGAUAGUAUUUAUUUGAAAGAUGUAUUUCAUUAGCUUAAUACAUUAAUUUAAAAGCCACCGACACAUUAAUUCCUUAAGGAUAGAAAAUAGACGUGAACGGCAAAGAAAAGUUGCGAAAAUUGUACAACAGUCAUCAUGCGAAUAUUACGUAAACUACCUCCUAAUUUAAAUCAGCGUUCGUGAGAAAAUUGGCCACGUUUUGAUGGUUUUGUUAGCAUUGACUUUACAUCUUCAACCAAGUGUUCAAUGUGUCAAUGUUUCUAGUCAGAAUUGGAACUUUUGAUGAAUCAUUGUGUUCAUUCACACAUCGACACAACUUUUAUGUUUCUGUUUAACAUAUCAGUACCUUAUUGUUAUACAAAUUCAAACUGGUAAUGUAAAGCAAUGAUAUUGUAAAAUUAAAAGUAAAUUUCGCUCUGUUCCAACGCACAUCUGACUCGAUGUUUCGCAGCUUUUCACCGACAAAUAAAUCUCAACAUUAGGUUUUAUCAUUUAUGUACGUAACUUCUAAAAUAAAGAAAAAAAUGUGUUCGUAAUAUUAAAUUUUGUUAACUACGCCUUAUACUUUCGUUUGUUUGUGCCGAUAUAAAUGCAAUGUGGAUGAGCACCAAAGAUUUGUAAAGCAUUAAAAGUGAAGCAUGUUUUGGUGUUUACGAUUAAGAGAAAUUAUAGGGACCUGAAAUGAUUUUGAUUUGUUAAAGUAGGUACCAAUUAAAUAAUCUCACCAUUGUAAAUAAUAACUUUCCUCUUAACUCUAACUACUUCGUAAUUCCACAGCGAGCUGUCGUAAUAAACUUAAAUAUCUUUCUAUUUUUAUAUUAAUUUACUAUUUUAGUAUUAAUAAAGCUUACCAAAAGCUAUUUUUCGAGUAAACGUCUACCGAUAUAACGUUGUUUAGUAUAAGACUUUGGAAAUCUUUUCUCGAACACAUUAGUAUCAUGGCCAGUUAUAAAUAUUAUUUUUAGCUGUAUACUAAAAUUCUACGUAAGAAAUAGAAAGUUG